AUGCAGACACAGAAGCCCGCCGCCUCGCCCCCGCCGCCGCCGCCACUCGCUGGCGCUACACCUCCCGCUCCCAGUCAAGGUGAAGCAGGUGAGCAGCAGCGCCCCGUGACCAUGCCGACCGUACUGCUGCUGUCUGCGGCAGCGGUGACGGAGCCAGUGACUCUCCGUGUGAAGACCAUGAUCGGCGGUGGGAGUGCGGAUCCUGAGCCCAGCCCGAGCAGAGAGCUUGAUGAUAGUGGCGACGAUGACUUCUCCCAGACGUCAAGCGGCGACGACGACGAUGAAGAGGCCACCGAGGAAUCGGAGGAGGACUUAAGUAACUUUUUGUUCGACACCGACCUCAACGCCCAAGUCACGGAGAUAAUCCAGUGGGACCCGUGCGAGAACCGCUGCGUGCACGGCAGGGCCAAGGAGUUGGAGUCUCUACUGUGCUCGCUGCCGCAGAUGUCGAAGCCGGAGAAGAAUACCAGCCUGUAUACUCUCCUGGCUGUGCUCAUGCAAGUGCCAGUCGACCGCAAGCGAGGAAGCGGCAACCGUGAACGAUUCAACUACUAUCUUCCUUUUGUUGGGCAAGUGUGCCGCCCCAUCUUCGCUCGCUGCUACGGUGUCGUACUCAUGACUCUACAGCGCUACAAAAGAAGAAUCCGCGAUGGCAACAUGGCCAUGAAGGACCACGGAAACAAAUUCAACAAAAACGCGUCGCAAGUGGACGUGGUCUGGUUGGUCAAGUGGUUCACCAGCUUUGCGGAGGAGGUUGGCGAGGUCGUCCCUGUGUGCGUCCGUAUGCAAAAGAAAAUCGACGGGAGCGUCCAGAAAUACUACAGCAGCGACAAGUACACGCUGCUCCUGGCACACUUUACCUGGGAGGCAAUUUGGGAUGAAAUGCACAAGUUUGUGGAGUCUGAGCUUAGGGUAUGUGAUGUAUGCGCUAUUUACCACGGAAUGCGCGGAGGCGUCACGGCUGACAAGACGGAGGCACUCAGCCGCCAUACUGAAUCGGCUCGGCUCAUGCGGCUCGAAUACAAGUGUGACAAGACUUUCUGCUCGAGCGGCCACGCAGUCAUUGGCAUGGACUACUCGCAGAACCUGACUAUCCCCACCAACGACGGUGUGCAGACGAACUACAUCUACGAUGAGAGCACCAGCAGCAAGGGCAGCGACCAACUCAACUCAAUGCUGGCCCAUUUUAUCGAGACAAAGCUCGUGCCGUCUGGCAAAACCAAGCUGACUGAGUACUCCGACAACUGCUCGGGCCAGAACAAGAACAACUACGUGAUCAAGUUAUUGCUGACCCUUGUGGACAUGGGCAUUUUCGAGCAUGUGGACUUCAAAUUUUUCCACGUUAUUGAUGCAGUCAACGCAGCUGCGGCAAACUCCGUGACUGUGCAUGUUCCAUGGGGCAGCAAGCUCUUCAAGUCGUGCAAACCAGUGCUGACUGAGUUGUACAAGUGGCUCCAUCGUAUGCAGCAGUACCAGAUCUUUUCGAUUGACGGUUCCAAGCCGGGUGUUGUGGCGUGCAAGAAGGGCCCAAAUUCGGAUGCAGAGGAGCAGGACUUACGUCGAAACAUCGAUGGCAUUUUGACGGCAAAGGAGAAGGUGGCACGAAUCAUGACAUACCACAUUGAAAUCCUGCCACCCCACCUAUCAAUGCCGAGAAAGAAAAAGCAGAUGUACAAGUCCAUUAGGCCGUAUGUCCCGGACGAGUUCCAGAACGACCCGUUGUACGCGAAGCCAAGUGAGGAUGAAGGAGCUGCAGCUAAAACGAAGAAGCAAGCUCGCUUAACGCAUCGUGCUGCAAUGGCAGCGGCCGCCAAGAAGAACCAAGAAGGACGUGGAAUGGCUGCCCAAAAGAAGAGAGCAGCACCCAGCAAGAAAGCUUUUGCUAACUCCAAGAAGCGCAAGUCUUCAGCGACGCCUGAAGCUGAUGAUGAGUAG